UGCAGACAAAGAUAUGGCACAGCAGGUUAAAUUCCCACAUUUACAUAGACAUCCAUGUUAGAUGUUGUCCCCAACAAAUGGCAGGAGUUAGCGUUAUAGUGUCUGAAUCGUGUUUCUGGAUGUGUGUGAACCGUGGCUUCAAAUCAGGGGCACUGCAGUGAGCGUGACCCGCUUUCAAGAUGCAGUGAGGAAGAAGAGGAGGAGAAGGGGGCACCUCAUGAUCAGUGCAGAGAGAGAGGGGGAGAGGGAGAGAGAGCCUCACAUUGUUUCCUCAGCAGAGAGAGAGAGAGGGGAGCUGGAGUCCAGAGGAGACAGUCAGAGCCGCGAUGUCCCGACCUGUCUGCUGCAGGGUGACGACACUGAAGGAGAAGCAGCCGAGGUCAUUGCCGUCUCAUCCACAAGAGGAUUGAUGGACCUCCAUUAUGAUCAAGUGGACAUGAUUCUACAUUCAGCUCCUGUGGCACAAUGUCCAGUAUGAUUUAUCUGACUGCCAGUCUGUACCUGCCUGUUUUACUGUUCGAGGCCGUCGUGUUGUCUAAGGGCAAGUAUGAGAGGUCAGUGGUGCCGAGCUCUGCCUCCCGCCUGGUGGCCAGGAUGGACGGGGAUAUAAUAAUCGGCGCCCUCUUCUCCGUCCACCACCAACCGUCGGCUGAGAAGGUGGCAGAUCGGAAAUGUGGGGAGGUCCGCGAGCAGUACGGCAUCCAAAGAGUGGAGGCCAUGUUCCACGCCUUGGACCGGAUUAACUCGGACCCGAACCUGUUGCCCAACAUCACCCUGGGCUGUGAGAUCAGGGACUCCUGCUGGCACUCCUCUGUGGCCCUGGAGCAGAGCAUCGAGUUCAUACGAGACUCGCUCAUCUCCAUCCGGGACGACAAGGACGGCUCCAAGUGGUGCAUCGAGGGGGUACCGUCCAGUCAGCCGCCGCCAACCAAGAAGCCCAUAGCAGGGGUCAUCGGGCCCGGCUCCAGCUCUGUGGCGAUUCAAGUCCAGAACCUCCUGCAGCUGUUCAACAUCCCGCAGAUUGCCUAUUCCGCAACUAGCAUUGAUCUCAGCGACAAGACUUUGUUUAAGUACUUUCUCAGGGUGGUGCCUUCAGACACGCUUCAAGCCAGAGCUCUGCUGGACAUUAUCAAACGAUACAACUGGACCUACGUGUCUGCAGUGCACACAGAGGGUAACUACGGGGAGAGUGGGAUGGAAGUGUUCAAAGAGCUCGCCUCGCAGGAAGGCAUCUGCAUCGCCCAUUCUGACAAGAUCUACAGCAACGCUGGCGAGAAGCACUUCGACAGGCUGCUGAGGAAACUGCGGGAGCGUCUGCCAAAGGCCCGAGUGGUUGUCUGCUUCUGUGAAGGCAUGACAGUCCGCGGCCUGCUCAUGGCCAUGAGGCGGCUCGGAGUAGCCGGAGAGUUCCUCCUAAUUGGAAGUGACGGCUGGGCCGACCGAGUCGAGGUGGUGGAGGGCUACGAACAAGAAGCCGUGGGCGGCAUCACCGUGAAGCUGCAGUCCGAUGAGGUCUCCUCCUUCGACGACUACUUCCUAAAGCUCAGGCUCAGCACCAACACCCGCAACCCGUGGUUUCCGGAGUUCUGGCAGUACCGCUUUCAGUGCCGCCUCCCCGGACACCCGCAGGAGAACAUGAAUUAUGCACGCAACUGCUCAGGUAGCUAA